UAGCGAAUUGUUGUCUGUAAAAUGUCUUCUACUUCCAAUAAAAAAAAGGUUUCGCGGCCAGCUGAAAAAAAAGGUACACCAACAAUACGCAUCGCACGCGUGAUGAUAAGUUAUCGCUUGCUCAAGGCACAGAUAAUGGAGCUGAUCACGGCAAAUCCAGGAGGAAUGACGAUAAUUAGCCUACUACCGCUCUAUAGGGAGCGUUUCAAACUGGACUUACGUUUCCCUCUCUUUGGGCACCUGAACCUGUUAAAUCUGCUCUUCGACAUGAAAGAGCACGUGGUCCUCACUUUACUUGAGGACGGCUCAUGGUUCGUGCACCUGCGCGGCGCCGAGCCCGAGUUCCCUCCGGCUCCCAUCCCUCGCCCCGUGCGCGCCAGCACGCCAGUCACAGAGGAGGACGCGCUGCCCUACAUCCCCUAUGGCAAGGACGUGUUCCCCGAGGACUGCAUGCAGCUGAUGGAAGUCAUCCCGGAGUCGUCACUGGGGGAUAUACAGCCCGGCGACGUGCUGGAGACUAGGGUAGGAGAGGUGUACUCACCCUCGCACUUCUGGUUAUUGCGCGUCGGCGAGGAGUACCACACUGCCUUGGAGAACAUCAUGGAUGAGAUGACGCGCUACUACGACGUCGAGGGUCGCUCACGCAUCCUGGCGGUCGGCGCCAUGCGCGUGGGGCACUACUGCAGCGCGCCAUACGACCGUCGCUGGCACCGCGCGGUCAUCGUUCAGCUCAUUGACAGCGACACUGCUAAGGUGCGGUACGUGGACUACGGCACGGUGGAGUCGCUGCCGCGCCGCGAGCUGCGGCCGCUGCGGCGCGAGUGGGCGCAGCUGCCGGCGCAGGCGCUGCGGGCGCGGCUGGCUGGCGUGCGUCCCUGCGCCGACGCUACCCGAUGGCCGUUCGCUUCCUCCGCGCACUUCUUCAAACUCGUGUCCGACAUACAGCUCGUCGCUACCGUCGUCUCAGUCAACACCGAGGAGGAGGUGAUCGAGACGAUGAUGCUGGACACGUCGACGCCGGUGGACGUCUGCGUCAGCGACGCACUGGUCAAAGCCGGCCACGCCGACGCAAGGCGCGACAGUGUUCUGGGGACGGAGCCGUACCUACUCCCGACGUUCGAGGCACUUGAGAGCGGCGCCACGCUAAGCCUGAAGGAAAUAGAGUUUAAUCUGAGCAACGGCGUCGCACUUCAGAAGCUCCCUGCCUAUGUGGAGCACGUCAUUGAGCCCAUCAAGCGCGCCACGACCACCAAGGACGAAGCAUCCGGCCUGACCAGAGACUCUGCUUCAGAGCCAUCCACGCCAGGUCAGCUGCUACUGGCGGCGCUCCAGGGGGGUGCGAGCUCGUCGUCAUCCCUCAACGCAGAGCCCCGGUCGCACUCGUCGUCGACACCGCUCGGGGAGAGGCCAUUAAGCUCCUCGGCGUCGGUCGCGUCGGUCGAGUCGGUCGAUUCGGAUGUAGCAGCACUGACUCUGGCGGAGCGCGACACCUAUAACUCGCUGUUCCGAGAGGACCCGGUAGCCGCUCACUGGUACAAGGCUGGCGCGCUGGGCCGCGCCAUGCACCCCGAGUAAGGAACCAAACCACCGCUAACGUCACAAUCGCUGUCACUCCUCACCGAUCCCCUCGAAAUACAGAGUUACAGAGUUGUAACCUAAAUGCUACCAGCUACCAUUAGUUGCUACCCUCAUAGUUUUGAAGAUAUUCAGCAGUUGACAGCAAUUCUGACAUCAGGAUGGCUGUUUCUUUUCCCAGUGUGAAGAAACGGUGCAAAAGUAUUGAGGUUUUUUUUCACCCAGAGCUGCUACCUAAUUGCUACCCUAUUUUUAUCGAUGAAGUCCAAUUCUGGAGGAUAGCAAUUAAGCAGCAACUAUUGGUGAAAAAAAAACUCAACACUUUUGCACCGUUUCUUCACACUGGAAAAAGUUACCGCCAUCCUGAUAUCAGAAUGGCUGUCACUUUAGAUGCUGAAUAUCUUCAAAACCACGAGGGUAGCAAAUAAUGGUAGCUAAUAGCAAUUAGGUAGCAACUCUCUAUACGUAUUUCGAGGGGAUCGGUGAGGAGUGACAGCCAUAACCUUGUUUUGGUUGGUUUUACACUUUAUUUUCCAAAUGUCAUGAGAAAAAAGAAACAGAGUAUAGAAACAGCUAAGUAUACGCGGGUUUAAAAUCGUUGGAGAGCUGUUUUUUUCCAGGACUAGGUUUUGCUAGGUAGAGGUAACUCAGUAGGUAUUUGCCUCGAAAUAAAAAGUUACUUAUAUAUAAUGUAAUUAUAAUUCAAGGAGUUAUGUUUACUUAAAUCUUUCAAGAAGGUGUACGUUUGUUUUUCUAUUUUUUUAAAAGAUUUUUUAUAUUUUUACGCUACGAGCAGGAAGGUUUAUGUUUUUUUUUGUUUUGUUCAUUUUGUUAAAACAUGAAAUAAAUAACUACAACAUAAAUAAAUUCUUUUAUUUCUGAACCAACAUCUUCAU